AUAUUGGUCCACCCACAUUCUUUUUUGGAAAGCAAAGAAGCGACAUAAAAGGCAACAGGUUUUCAAGUUGCGAACUCCAUAAAAGGCCAUCCUACAACAAGCACAAUGCAGAGCGAAGAUUCCACAACAACAACAGAUGAACUAGACAACAUGCAUUACGGAGCUCAAUCUCAAGGAAGCGGAGUUCUUGAUCCGUCCUCGAUUGAAGAAGGAGAAUUCGAAGCAGCAAUGGCUGGCGAUCAUGAUGCACAUGGAUUGAAACGACCGACGGAAAGCGACGACGACGGUGACGCUGAUUCUAGCAUGUUGGUGGAGGAAAGACCUAAGAAAAAGACCCGAGGACGUGUUAAAAUCGAAAUGAAGUUUAUUGCCAACAAGUUGAGGAGGUACACGACGUUUAGCAAAAGAAAAACAGGGAUUAUGAAAAAGGCCUACGAACUAAGCACCCUGACCGGAACGCAGGUGAUGCUGUUGGUAGCUUCCGAAACAGGGCAUGUUUACACCUUCGCCACAAGAAAACUUCAACCCAUGAUUACUUCAGAGAGCGGAAAAGCUCUCAUUCAAACGUGCUUGAACUCUCCCGAUCCUCCUGUUUCUCAGAUUCCGAACCCAGACCAAAGAAUGUCAGCGACGGGAUACGAAGAAACAGAUCUAACUUACACCGUGAACGAAAAUGACGCCGAGAAGAUGCAGGAUAGAGGUGGCAUUUUCACAUCCCAACAAAUAGACACUAAUCAGGGACUGACAGUGGGUUCGUUAUCAGGGGCAAGUGGAUCCAUGACGGGUAUUACAGCAUUGCCGGCAACAGGACAUUCCUUCCCCAUCACAACCUACAUCCCACAAUCUAACAUCCAACAGCAAGGUGGUAACAAGAACACGUCCAUUCAGUCUUCAUAUUCUGUGCAAGCUAUGCCUGGAGGAGCUUUUACCACCAUAUUUGCUCCAGGGACUUCAGUCCAGUUGGGACAAACACUUGCACAAGGACAGCAGCAAGGGUCUACAGUACAGGUGCUUGCACAGCCUGCUGUGCAGAUCCAGCGAGUACAGCAGCCUCAGACUCAGACAGUGCAAGUUAACCCAGUAAACACCACAACAGCCUCAAACACCAUCACCUUGCCAAUUGUUCAGGAUGCAGGCCAGACCCACGAUAAUAAUGUUGACCAGUCAUCUGGCUCACAGGCCAACAACUUGCAGUCAGUUGGAACAGUCGUGGUCCCCAUAGCAACCAAUCAAGAUGGGAGUGUCUCCCUUGGAAAUGCCAUCCCUUCUUCCAUGAUGCUGACAUCUUCCCAAGCAAGCCAAAUCCCAGUCAUGUACAGUGUGUAUGCAUCACCUAACUCUGGGCUGGUGACUGUGUCUAACCUCUCAGAGAGUGGCACAGAACAAGGGUCAGGACACACCCAUCUGUCUGGAGAGGCAAGUGAUAUAACUCAGCAGGCUCUUCCUGGGUCUCUGUCCUUGGCUGCAGUUCAGGUGCACCAGGAUAUAAACUCUGGUGUGCAUGCUUAUGCAACACAAGCUGUUGUCACAGAGAGCAGUGGCACUCAAACUGCAGAUGAAAUGCAUACUAUGGUCAGUGAUCAUGGGAAUUUAACCGUGGGUACAGAGUCAGACACAGGGAUUGUAAAAAAUGAUCUGUCAGUGUCUGUCAAUUAAACUGCCGCAUUUAACCCUUUCAUGCUGAUGAUCUCAUAAGUAAUUCUCCUUACUAUCUGCUGUACAACUUUAAUGAUGUUAGCUCUGAGAAUUUGGUAUUGGAUCAAACGAUGAUCCCCAAUUGAUGUUUUUCUGUAUUCUCAUUAUAAGUGUGAUUGAUGUUGUUUUGAUAUUGUUAGGAGAAAUUCUGUCUUGAUCACUGGAAGUUAAAGGGUAAAGCACCCUUCCAAUUUCAGGCAAGGUUGUCAAUGUUGUGUAAAUUUGAGAUUUGUUGAAUUUAUUGGGAGCAAGCAUCAUUAUGUGUGUAUAGCAGAAACAGGAGACAGCCAUCUUGAUUUAUUUACCAUAAGAUAUAAUAUGGAACAUAUUAUAUCGUAUGGUGGUGCCUGUACAAGUGGUACAGAUCAUAAAUACUUGCAUGCGACCAUCAAAUUUCACUUGAUUAAAAAUGGAAGAAGCAAGAAAAUUCUUACAAAAAAAUAGCUGUUGUUUGUUUUUAUUUCUUGUAUAAUUUAUUAGAAUUUGCUUCCCAUUUUUUUAAACAAGUUGAAGUUUACCCAAUAUUUUCAACUAUUUUACAGUUAUUUGCUCAAGUGAUGGAGUAUCCUUAAUUUGUUGCAUAUGGUUUUGCAAGGACAAUUAAUUAUUUUUGAAAACCCUCACGUUUGAAUGUUUGGUAAUGAGUACACGAAAAUGAAAUAUCUGUCGAUGGUUAUUUUGCUGUAUUGCAUUUUUGUGAUCCUUCAAGUUCCUAAUGACACAACAAAAAUAUUAUCAGUAUUGCACUUGAAAUUUGAUCCUUAAAAAAACUCAAAGAAAUGGAACUAAACAUGAAACAAUUUCAGUAGAUCAGCUGAUGCAAGGUUAAGUAAGGCUUAUGAUAUCCCCAAGACGUAAAAAAUGUUGCAAUGUAUCAAAGUAUAGGUGGCUACUGGUGGAUAUUUACUGAGCUGCAAAGCGAUGAGACAAAUAUCCACAGCUAGCUACCAACACUGAGUUGAACUGUUGUUUUAGUGUAAACUUCAACAGUGAGAUAAUAUAGUACAAGAAUAUAAUUUUAACUCAUUUAUUACUGCAAUGGUUACAAUGUUUUCUGGCUAAAAUCCUGCAUGUGUGGCUGGGAGGUGAAUAGCAGAGUAUAUUGGGAAUUUGAGUCGCUAAUCAGAGAGUGUGCCUUCAACACUAUUAUCUUUUGUAGUAUAUACUAAUCAUUAUUAACUAUUUCCCAAAAUACCGACAGUAAAUAUUUGAUUUGUAUUCAAAGAAAACUCUUCAAAGAGUAGCAACUUAUAACUGACUCAUAAUUCAAUCAGCGUUUUCUCUUGACUUUAGGCUGCAUUGAAUGAUGUUCUAUUGACAGGUUACACUCAUGAUAUAAAAUGAUAUACAGUCCAGUUCAAAUAGAGACAAUUAAGAUUUUGUACAAUCAUAUACUAGUUGUAAACAGUCUAAACUGUUAAUGAUGUAAAUAUUUAUAAAUAGCUUGUACAUUUUCAUCUGAUGGUCAUUAAGGAGCAUGAAAAAAAACACAAAUGUAUUAUAUAUCGUAAGAGACAUUUGCUAUGAUUUUUUACAUAGGUAACUUUUUUCUUAGCAUAGCUUUGAAUAUAAAAUGAAAACAUAUUUACACUUG